AUGAAGAUCUUGAUACUUUUGUGUUUCACAAAUCGGAUUCAAAUCAAAAGGCUGUCGACUAUUAUCGGACAGAAUAAUGAGACAGAAAUCAGUUUCGAGAGAUUGAGUGUUGUUUUGUUGACACAUGUGUUGCAAAAAACUAAUGCCAAUGAAUUUCAUUCACCGAACGAUUGUAUCACUUCUUAUGGCAAUUAUGUCUCGUAUUUGUCUCAAGCGAUUAAUUUGGACACACAUUUCAAUGAAAGUCAACUUUUUCGCGCUAUCGACCCAUUUCUGAGAGACAAACUCCAGUACUAUAUCACCAAUAAUACGGAUCAGUAUUUGCGGUCUAGAAACGGCGGCAACUGA